AUGGAACCUGCCCGUCCACAACACCACACCUACGGCCCCAACUGUCGCCUUGCCCCCGUCACUGAGCCCAGCCCACAGACUCCACUCCUGGCCGGCAUCCCUCCUAUAAACGCCCAAUUCUUCUACCACAGCCUCGUGCCCAUCGACGACCCCCUCUCCACCGCCACUGUCACAAGCACCGCCGACGGAAGACCGGCCAAGGGCGUCCUAAGGCCCUUCUCCCACGCUGACAACAAUGCUUUGGAGGCCGCUUGGCUGAGUCUCGCCGACGACGACCACAGGAACAACCACGAUGCCUCUCUCAACAACCAGCCCCCAGGUCCAGCCCUGGCUGCCAAGAACACUCGGAAGCUGGAUGCCAUCGUUGACCACCUCAUCCGUACCCACAAGGAGAAGCACUCUCACGACAAUCGCGCCGCUCCUCUUGAACCUCCUCUCGAGUCCCUAGCAAGUACAGAUAUGAGCGUGUGCUGUCAAGAGCUCCUCAUCGAUGCCUCAAAUAGUCUCCGCGAGGUCUUCUGCGAGGUGUCGAGGGAGAGGCAGCCAUCGCUGAGCCAGAAGCAUGUUGUUGCCAAGGUCAUGGCCGUGAUGGAGGAAGGUCGGCCCAGCCCUGCUGUCACCACCGCUAUGCCCAUUCCAGCCUCCACUCAGCUGACAUCCUCUCCGAGGACCGACACAUUCGUCUCGCCUGCCUUGUCUACCUCUGCAAGGGGCCGCGCUUCUUCCCUCGCCUCCAACCCGGUCGCCAGCCGCUCAGCAUCCAUUGGGAGUGCCGCCAAACGAGCCGCUUUCGGCACCCCCCCUCAGCUCGAGAAGCCCGCCGUCAGGCUGCGUCCCGCUCCUCCCACGGUGACCGACGGCAUUUCUGGGAAGCCUUUCCUCAGGGUGGGAGACCCCGACAGCGGAACUACCUUGGAACCUGGUCCUCUCACUGAACCUCGUCCUGGUCUCCCUAAUGACAAUGCCGCAAGCGAGCAACCUCUUCACGCCGCAGGGGAUAUGCUGGCUCCUCCGGAUGGAAAGGGCGUUCCCGACUUUGAGCCCCACGUCGCUGAAGUUCCCGUGGGUCUGUCGAGGCUGCAUGAGGUCUCUCUGCCCGUACUACAGAUGAAGCCCAUAUAUUGGUCCCCCGUCAACGAUAUUGCCAUUGUUUCCAGGGCCACAUGGUUCUACCGCGACACAAUGAUCCCUGUGGAUCCCAGCGUUGCAAAUCAGCUGGAAGCGGGCUACCGAGAGCUGCGAGCAUUUAGCCAGGAAUGGCAAGAGGAACUUCGUUGCGCCGUUGAGGUCGGUCCUUUGGGCGAGGAGAAGGUGUCUUUUCCGCUGUGGCCUGCAUUCACCUCUCCCGCUGAUGCGAAGAAGGAAGCUCACGCGGCAUCCAUCGCAUCCGACCCGUUCUGUGCCGCCCGGUGCUUCCGGGGCGAGGCGGCUGCCGAAGGUACUCUUGAGCCUGUUGGACAGAACGAGUCUUCCAAGGGCCCGGCGCAGGAAAGAAAUUACCCGUCUCAUCAUGUUCUCUACAGGAAUGAGAGGUCGGCCUUCCUGUUGAAGCCAAGCCUCAAACCAUCUGCCUACUACGGGAGGCGGCCUCUCCAAAAGAUCAUGAGGGGCUUGACUGUCGGGAUCCCCGUCGUUAGAGGCUUCGAUCGAGACAGCUGGAAUGAGCUGCACGAGAAGAAGCAAGGCCGCAAGACCGGAUCUCAAAAGUCCGUCAACACCGAGGCCGCAGAGCCAGGCAAAUGUCCUGGCUGCCAGACAGAAGAAGACCGUGGUCAAGUCACAGAUCUUGUUCUCAUAGCCCACGGUAUUGGCCAGAAAUUUGCCGAGCGUGUGGAAAGCUUCCACUUUACUCAUGCCAUCACGGCAUUCCGCCGAUCGAUGAAUAUCGAGCUUCGGAACCCCGCAGUCAAAUCAGUUCUGCGCGAAGGGCAAAACGGCAUCAUGGUCCUUCCAGUAAACUGGAGGCAUCAUCUUUCAUUCGAGGACGGAGGUCCCAUGACUGACGCGGACAAGGCCAGCUCGGCUUCUGACAACUUUGGUCUGAAAGACAUUGAGCCGAACACAAUUCCAGCCGUGAGGAGCCUGAUCAGCGAUGUGAUGUUCGACAUUCCAUUCUACAUGUCCCAUCACAAGCCCAAGAUGAUAUCCGCACUUGUCACCGAAGCAAAUCGUGUUUACCGCCUGUGGUGCCGUAACAAUCCAGACUUCAGCCGAAAUGGAAGGGUACACCUUAUCGCCCACUCCCUUGGCAGCGUUAUGUUUUUUGAGUUCGACACAACCAAUCUGUUCCUUCUGGGCAGCCCAGCUGGGUUUUUCCUUCUUCUCGAGCGUGGUAGUCUCACACCUCGUAAAGGGCGGGAAAAGCCAGGGGCAGAAGCGGCCGAUACGGUUGCGAAAGAUGUGGUCCGCGAGGAGGGUGUGUUUGGCUGUCUCGCAGUUGACAACAUCUACAACGUCUUGGCCAAAGAAGAUCCUAUAGCUUACCUUCUAAACGGUACAAUCGAUCCGAUGUACGCCGAAAGCCUGAGGCUCGCCCAUAUACCGAGUGCGGCAACGUCCUGGUUCUCGUCUAUCCGCGGGCUCAUCCCUGUAGGCUCACCCCCGACGUCCGAGCUGCCGCCGGCACUUGUGAAGCCUCCAACAUAUCGGCUGCCUUCUCAGCUAGAGUUGGAGGUGCACGACUUCACACGUGAGGAAAUCGCAGAGAGGAAGGCAUUCUUGCUGAAUGACAACGGCCAAGUCGAUUACUACCUGCGCUCCGGGACUGGGCCCCUGGAGCUCCAGUAUCUCAACAUGCUUAGUGCGCACACGAGCUAUUGGGCUAACAACGACCUGGUUCGUUUACUGUGCAUGGAGAUCGGCCGGGAGCCCGGAAGAGCAAAUACGUUGCCGGCGUUGAGGGCCGUCAAGUUGACGAGGAGGGAUCGGGCCGGGAAAUAA